CAAUGAAUCCUGAAAUUGUUCCAAGGGCUUCAAGUCUUACUCUUAUUUUGUAUCCCAACUCCGAUUUCCGAUCCAAUCGUAGAAUAAUCCCAGAAUCUGAAUGAAUAUAUUAACGAAAUGCUUGCACCAAUUAGGAUAUACUAUCGUAUUACAAGACAUUUUUUUUUUCUUUCAGAAACCCAAAAUACUACGCAUUAUUUGUGGUUAUUUAAUUUGGUGUGGAUGAUUUAAUUUUGUAAUUGUACUCUAGAUUAGAACAGAGUAUUUGAACUGAGUGACAAGUAUUUAAUUUAAGUAAACUGAUAUGAUGAGUGGCUAAUUUUUCAUUUUCAGGUGACGCGUUUCACUUGCGGCGGCUUUGCGCUUGGUGUCCGGUUCAACCACACCAUGGUGGACGGCUAUGGGCUCGCCCUCUUCUUAAAGACGGUCUGCGAAUUAGCCACCGGCGCUCCAGAGCCCUCGGUUUUGCCGGUCUGGGAGAGACAGCUGCUAUCCGCUGCUGAUUCAUCAUCGCCGACGACGAUCGAGGACGCCGUGGCGCCCACCAGUACCAACAUGCGGUUCAAGCUGCUCGACAUGGAGUGGUGGGCCAGCGUGGUUGUGGACUUCGAAAAAAUGGCAGCCCGGCCCCGUUUCUUCUUCUUCCCCGCCAUUCUGAAACUCAUUCUGGCUCAACGCUCAUUCACCCUCACUCCGCAAGACAUCCAAGCCCUGAAGGACCAAGUUAUGGAGGAAGGCUUCGGCAAGUGCUCCACGUUUGAGGUGAUCUCCGCGUGUUUGUGGAAAUGCCGCACUGUCGGGCUGCAGCUGCACCCCGACACUACGGUCACCAUCACUUUCCCCAGUGACAUUCGGGGAAGGUCCUCGGUGACCGGACUGACACUUCCGCGUGGGUACUACGGAAACGGCAUCGUGAUGCUAUCGGCUUCCGCCAACGCGAAGGUGUUGUGUGAGAGUCCCCUCACUUAUGCCAUCCAGUUGAUCAGAGAAGCCAAGGAGAAACUGACUCUCGACUACGUCAAGUCGGUGAUUAAUUUCAUGGUGGUAAACGGUCGUCCAAGGGUGCCCGUGGCGAGGAACUUGCUUGUUUCGGACAUAUCGAGAAUUGGUUUGGAGAAACUCGACUUUGGAUGGGGUAACGCCAUCUAUGCCGGCGGUGCCAUGGCGGCUUAUGGAGCCACUUUCCUAGAGCGUCCGGUGAGCACCGCAAGUGUGGAGAGCAGUGUUUUGGUGCCCGUUGCUUUGUUUUACAUUUCUAUGAUGAUUUUCAAGCGUGAGUUCAAGAAGACAGCUAUGUCGAAGUCUAAUAAGCCGGUUAGGCCCCGCCCAUGCACCCAUCUAUAAACUCAGCAUCCUUAUUAUACUAUACUUAUUUGUUUCCCAACAAAGGUUUCUUUUAUUAUAAUUGAUUAAGUUCUAUGUCGAGAACAAGUAGUCAUAUUUGUGAAAUUAAUUGGUCUUUAUUUUGCUCUCAUGUGAGCAAUUUCUCAAAAAAAAAAAAUGGUUAAGGAAGUGAGACAUGUUUCAGUACUAAAUUAAAGAAACUUCUCAAAUCUUAACUCUGUACUAGUAUAUAUACGAAGUAUGUUACAAAAAAAAAACUCGAUCACUAACUAUAGUUACUAUACAUGCAUGUUAUUUGAAUGUUGUGUAUGUAUAUUACCUGAGAAAUGCUAGCUAUUUGUACAU